CAAUUGCAACCUCUUUUUUUUUUUCUCAUUUUUUUUUUCGAUCCCAUAUAAAAACCAAAGCAAUUCUAUAUAUACAUAUACAUCAAUGUUGGAACUCAUCAUAUCUGCCGUCCAGGCAAUCAUGCAAGUAAUGGCCAUUGUUUUUCUUGGUGUAAUCCUAUCGAAGCGAGGAUAUAUCGACAAUGAUAAACAGAAGUGGCUAUCCAAACUAAACCUGGUAUUUUUUACACCUUGUCUGUUGUUUUCAAAUAUUGCUUCUGUGAUAUCCUAUGAAAGAUUAUUGGCAUUUUGGCCAAUUCCUGUAUUUUACAUUGUCUUUACAGCUACCUCAUGGAUCCUCUGUCAAUCUGUCAUUCCCGUUUUUGGUAUUGAUAAAUACUAUCGACGGUUUGUCUUGGCUUGUGUUAUGUUUUGUAACACAAACUCUCUGCCAGUUGCUAUAAUUUCUAGCUUGGCUGUUUCUGAGGCGGGAAAAACGCUAUAUUGGAAUCAAGAUGAUAAUCAAGAUAUGGUUGCUGCUCGAUGGUCUUAUGGAUACAAUUUAUUACAAAAAAAGGCAGAAGAUGAUGAUACGAUAGUGAUAGAUUAUACACCUUCUUCCUAUGAAAAUUCUAUAGGUGAUUAUGGUUCAAAUGCGAAUAACGAUAAUAGCCGAAGAUCCUCCUCUGCAACCGUUUCCGAAUACAUGUCGCCACCUCUUUAUGCUGCAUUACUGGCCUUGGUUGUGGGAUUAUCUCCACCACUCAAACACAUGUUAUACGAUAGAGAUUCAUUCUUUUAUGCAUCACUUACAAAAGCUAUUGAGUCUUGCGGCAAAGCAUCGGUUCCGAUAGUAUUAAUAUGUCUCGGUGCGCAACUUAAAAGUAUUCGAGAUACUCAACAAACCAACACAACUCCCAAAAGCAACAAGCCAAUUUCAAUGUCUAUCUUUAUCCGCAUGUUUCUGACUCCACUUUGUGUCCUCCCUAUUGUGUAUGCAUUUUCUGUUUUUGGCAGCCAAUGGUCCGAAUUAGCUACAGAUCCCAUGUUUAUUGUCAGUAUGAUCGUAGUUGGAUGUACACCCACAGCCAUUAAUCUGUCACAGAUCACCCAAGUUAGUGGAAUUUUCGAAGAAGAGAUGUUAAACGUGUUAUUCUGGAGUUACGGUGUGAUCUGCAUUCCCGUUUGUACCUUUGUCGUUUUUUUAGCCCUUAUCAUGGUUGGCCAUAUGAACUAA